AUGUUCACCCGGAGGCAACUCCUCGCCUCUUCGCGCCGGGUCGCCGAUGCUUCCUCUCGAAGCAUUGCGCGUUUGAAUACCCGGCCCUCCACAUUCUCCAGAGCAGCGUUGCUCGGUUCGACAAAGCUUGUGUCACAAACAACCCUACCGACAACUCCGACAAGGUCGUAUGCGAACGGUAGACCACAUCCUCCCGGAGGCACCCACCGCAUGAACCUCGGCGGCGAGCCUGAGAAGCCGGCUUUGGAACAGUUCGGUAUCGACCUCACCGCCAAAGCCAAGGACGGCAAGCUUGAUCCCGUCAUUGGCCGAGACGCCGAGAUCCAGCGCACAAUCCAGGUCUUGUCGCGGAGGACCAAGAACAACCCCGUCCUGAUCGGAAAUGCUGGCACCGGCAAGACUGCCGUCCUCGAGGGCCUGGCAUUGCGCAUCGUGCGAGGCGACGUUCCGGAGAGCAUCAAGAACAAGAGGGUCGUCUCCCUCGACCUCGGCUCGCUGAUUGCUGGCGCAAAGUUCAGGGGGGAUUUCGAAGAACGCCUAAAGAAGGUCUUGACCGAGGUGCAGCAAGCUCAUGGCGAGGUCAUCCUCUUCAUCGACGAGCUGCAUACCCUGCUGGGCUUGGGCAAGGCCGAAGGCUCCAUCGACGCGUCCAAUCUUCUCAAGCCUGCCUUGUCCAGAGGAGAGCUCCAGUGCUGUGGUGCCACGACCCUUGCCGAAUACCGCCUGAUUGAGAAGGAUGUUGCCCUGGCGAGGCGUUUCCAGCCCAUCCUGGUCAACGAGCCCACGGUCGAGGACACCAUCAGUAUCCUCCGAGGUAUCAAGGACAAGUAUGAGGUCCACCAUGGAGUCCGCAUCACCGACGGCGCGCUUGUGGCUGCUGCGACCUACUCAAACAGGUACAUCACCGACCGCUUUCUCCCCGACAAGGCCAUCGACCUGAUGGAUGAGGCUGCAAGCUCUCUUAGGCUGCAGCAAGAAAGCAAACCCGAGGACAUCAUGCGGCUGGAUCAGAAGAUCAUGACCAUCCAGAUUGAGCUGGAGAGUUUAAGAAAAGAGAAGGACGUGGCCAGUCGCGAGCGUCGCGAGAAGCUCGAGGCGGACCUGAAGAGAUUGGAAGACGAGCAAAAGACCCUCUCGGAGCGAUGGGAGAAGGAACGGGGGGAAAUCGACGCCCUCAAGAAGGUCCAGGAGGAUCUUGACAAGGCACGUGUUGAGCUCGACCAAGCACAGAGAGAGGGCAACUUUGGCCGCGCUUCCGAGCUGCGGUUUGGCGUCAUUCCCGGCUUGGAACAGAAACUACCCAAAGAGGGAGAGGAAACCACGGCUACCAACGGCGAAGGGACCUUGAUUCACGACUCCGUCACGGCCGAUGACAUCGCCAAUGUCGUUUCGAGAAUUACCGGCAUUCCUGUCACAAAACUUACAUCGGGCCAUAUUGAGAAACUGAUCCAUAUGGAAGACAAGCUGCGCGAAUCUGUCCGAGGCCAGGAUGAAGCCCUGAAGGCUGUUGCCGAUGCUGUCCGCAUGCAGCGAGCUGGGUUGAGCGGUGACAAUCGCCCUCUCGCAUCAUUCUUCUUCCUUGGCCCCACGGGUGUCGGUAAGACUGAACUUUGUAAGAAGCUGGCCAACUUCCUUUUCUCGACCGAGCAAGCUGUGGUUCGUUUCGACAUGAGUGAGUUUCAAGAGAAGCACACCAUAUCAAGACUCAUCGGCGCGCCUUCUGGCUACGUCGGCUAUGACGAUGCAGGCCAACUCACGGAAGCCGUCAGGCGAAAGCCUUACGCCGUCCUUCUCUUUGACGAGUUCGAGAAGGCACACCGAGAUAUCUCAGCCCUGCUUCUACAGGUACUUGACGAAGGUUACCUUACCGAUGCGCAAGGCCACAAGGUGGACUUCCGCAACACCAUAAUCGUGCUCACGUCCAACCUGGGUGCCGACAUUCUGGUGGGCGCCAAUCCCUCCAUCCCGUACACAGAGACACCAGACGGCGAGAUCGAUCCCGACGUGCGCAAAGCCGUCAUGGACGUCGUUGCGGCAAACUACCCUCCAGAGUUCUUGAACCGCAUCGAUUCCUUCAUCGUCUUCAAGCGGCUCGCGUUGUCGGCCCUGAGGGACAUCGUGGAUAUCAGGCUGAAGGAGCUCCAAGCCCGGCUCGAUGACCGUCGCAUCACGCUUGAUGUCGAUGGCAAAGUGCGCGACUGGCUUGCGGAGCGCGGGUACGACCCCAAGUUCGGCGCGAGGCCCCUGAACCGUCUGAUCACGACCGAGAUCGGUAACGGGCUUGCGGACAAGAUCAUUCGUGGGCAGAUCAAGCGUGGUGAUAAAGCCGGUGUGAGGAUCAAGGAAGACAACUCGGGACUUGAAGUGUUUUUGGAAGAGUCUGCGUCUGCAUAA